AUGCCCGGACCUGGCCGCCUCGCUUCCAUUCUACGUCCAUUCGGCCUGAUCUGGUUCUCUAUCUGCUUACACUGGGAAGCCUUGAUACAAGCCGUUCGUCGAGAUGGUCUCGCAGCGCUUGGCCACCCACAACAAAUUCAAGAUGCCGCUUCAGCAAAGCUGCUCAGUAUAACCUCCAGUGGUUUUAUCGCUUACGAAGACACGACCAUUGUUCCCUCACUCGUACAAGCUGCUAGUGGCGUUGUUUUGGAACUAGGCCCCGGACCAGGAAAUCAGAUCCAUCGUUUUGAUGUCUCUCGUGUCAACCAUAUUUAUGGCGUUGAACCCAAUUCCCAGUUCAAAGACACCAUCGAUGCUCUCUUGGACAAGCAUAGUCUGCAGCAUAGAUAUAAGCUCAUAGCUUGUGGCAUUGAAGAUAGCGACGUUUUGAGAGAAGAGGGAAUCACAGAGGGCAGUUUGGAUACUGUGUUAUGCAUUCAGGUCCUAUGUGCCGUAAAGGAUCCGAAGAGCGUCAUGAAGGAGGUGUGGAAACUCCUCAAACCAGGAGGCAAGUUUAUAUUCUGGGAACAUGGGUGGAGUAGAAACCGCUUGACGACUGUAGCGCAAGCUUGCUGGAAUCCUGCCUGGAGCACAUUCGUUGGUUGUGAUUUGACUCGGAAUGUCUUGGCGGACAUUCUCAAUAGUGGCGAAUGGGAAAAUCCACAUGAGAUUGAAGAACCUCAUGACCCGUUUAGUUUGCUGCCUAGAAUUCAAGGUGUGCUUAUCAAGAAGAAAGCAUAG